CGGCGGCGCCCCGAGGGGCCGUCAGACCGGGAGCGACGCCGCAGCCGGCACCGCGCGCCUCUCCGCUACGCGAACGCUGCCCCUGUGUUCCCUCCGCGCCGACGGCUUUUCCCAGUGACUCUACCCCGCCUUUAUUUAUUUUGGGUUCUCUUCGCCUCUCGUUCCGCUGACGCUCUGUAGCUGAGGAUUUUUUUAGUUUUUAUUUUUUAAUCCUUGCGAGAAGCGCGGUACAGAGCGGAGCGCUCCGUCUCGCCGAGACUCCGGGACAGACCCGCCGCACAGCCCGAGGAGGAGGCGCGGCCGCCCCGCCGCCAAGGACAAAAGAGCGGCCCCUGCGCCAUGAGCAACGCCGAGAUGGGCAAGUUCAACAUCUCCCCCGACGAGGAUAGCAGUAGCUACAGCUCCAACAGCAACGACUUCAACUAUCCCUACCCCACCAAGCCGGCAGCCAUGAAGAGCCACUAUGCAGAUAUGGAUCCGGAAAAUCAGAAUUUCUUACUUGACUCCAAUGUCGGAAAGAAGAAAUACGAAACUCAGUAUCAUCCGGGUACCACUUCCUUUGGGAUGUCAGUAUUUAAUCUGAGCAAUGCUAUUGUGGGCAGUGGCAUCCUGGGACUUUCCUAUGCCAUGGCUAACACUGGAAUUGCUCUUUUUGUGAUACUCCUGCUAGUUGUUUCAAUACUUUCUUUGUAUUCUGUGCACCUCCUUUUGAAGACUGCCAACGAAGGAGGAUCUUUAUUAUAUGAACAGCUGGGAAUGAAGGCAUUUGGUAUGCCUGGAAAGCUUGCUGCUUCUGGAUCAAUUACAAUGCAGAACAUUGGAGCUAUGUCAAGCUACCUCUUCAUAGUGAAAUAUGAGUUACCAUUGGUCAUCAAGACAUUUAUGAACAUCGAAGAGAACACAGGAGAAUGGUAUCUUAAUGGCGACUAUUUAGUGCUGAUGGUGUCUGUCAUCCUCAUUCUUCCACUGUCUUUACUGAAAAAUUUAGGAUAUUUGGGCUAUACCAGCGGCUUUUCCUUACUUUGCAUGGUCUUCUUUCUGAUUGUUGUAAUUUGGAAGAUGUUUCAGAUUCCUUGUCCUAUGGACAGUGACAUCAUAAACGCAACGUUAAUAAAUGCAACACUGGCACCUUUCGCAGAUGAAAAUAUAACAAUUGAUGAUGCGUGCAAGCCAAAAUAUUUCAUCUUCAAUUCACAGACUGUCUACGCUGUCCCAAUCCUAACAUUUUCUUUUGUCUGUCAUCCUGCAAUUCUUCCUAUCUAUGAAGAACUGAAAAGCCGAAGCCGUAAAAGAAUGAUGAAUGUGUCCUAUGUAUCUUUUUUUGCCAUGUUCCUGAUGUAUUUAUUGGCUGCUCUCUUCGGAUACUUAACAUUUUAUGGGAGAGUUGAAUCAGAACUGCUUCAUACCUACUCUGCUUUUCUGGGUGCUGACGUUCUUCUUCUAAUUGUGCGUCUUGCUGUACUUAUGGCUGUAACCCUUACUGUACCUGUGGUUAUUUUCCCAAUCCGCAGUUCCGUUACCCAACUACUGUGGGCAGGGAAAGAGUUCAGUUGGUGGCGUCACUGUUCUAUUACAGUUGUUCUUCUGGCAUUUACCAACGUGCUUGUUAUCUUUGUCCCUACUAUCCGAGACAUCUUUGGAUUCAUUGGUAAGCAUUUUCACGUCAGUUCAGGUACUCCUUUAAAUCUUGGAAAAUGCAGUUAUGGUCUAAUUGAAUUAUAUUUACCUGUUCACAAAAUUUUUUUCUGUGCUUUGUUAACAGGUGCAUCUGCAGCAGCCAUGCUGAUCUUUAUUCUUCCUUCUGCCUUCUAUAUCAAAUUAGUCAAGAAGGAACCAAUGAAGUCAGUGCAAAAGAUUGGGGCUGCAUUAUUCUUUCUAAGUGGUAUACUUGUGAUGACUGGGUGUAUGACACUGAUUAUUCUAGACUGGAUCCAUACUGAUGUUUCUGAUGGCCAUUAACUGUCCUGGUGUAAUACUCCACUUCAAAUGCCAGUGUUGACUCAGAUACCUACUGAGAACGAAAAUGAGCUAUUCAGCUUCCUUCCUUUAAAAUGCAGAUUCUUUGUUGAUGGUUCUUCUGAUUGUAGAAUACCUGAACUCUGGCUUUAAGGAACUAUUCUGCAUGAUGGAAAUGGAUAUUGACAUCAAACCACGUGAGUGUCUGGCUGAAGGAAGUGACAACUUUAUUCCAUUCCAGAGAAUGGACAGAACUCUCUGUAGACUUUUAUCAAGCCAUGUUUGGCUUUCAUCAUUGUUACUUGGAUAUUUUGUUAUUUUACUUGAAUGUGCCUAAUGGAACCAUUUGAUGUGAGAAAUAACUCUUAAUUUACAGCAAAGUGUUUAAAUAACCAAUGAGAGAGAGAGAGAGAAACACUAUUAUUUUUUGUACCAAAAAUUCUUAUGGACCUCAAAAGCACUAUUUUGACUUUAAGAAACGUUUUUCUAAAAAGAAACAUGCACAUAAAAAUAAGUAAUCAAGUGUCCUGAAUUAAAUCUAGCUUGCCUCUCUUUAGAGGCAUAAUUAGAAGAAAUUUUAUGUUAAAAAUACUUCUUAUGACCAAAACAGAAGAUAAACCAAUUCAAGUAAAAACCUCUAAUUUUAAAUGCUUCCCAUGAAAUUCAUUUUCACUAUACUGAAAUUUUAACUACAGUUACCUUUGUUUCAAAAAAAAAUGGCGUGGAAACCCAAACUGUCAAGCUUUAAAAAGGAUCAACCCCUUAGAAUGGGUACACUUGAGAAAUGUAGUUCACGUGGAACUCAUAAAGAGAUGAUGUUGACAUUUCUGUUCUUGAAGUACUCAAUAGUGCGAUUGGGUAAAACAGGGUUUGGGGUUUUUUGCUUUUUUUGUUUGGGAUUUUUUUUUUCUGUUGUAGAUAAAAACUUAAUGGCACUGAAGCAUAUCGUGCCAUUAAUAUAAGACUCCUUCCUGGAGUUCUGUUUAUUAAUAAGGUCCACUGUCAGUUGUAGAAAUGUUUGUUGUUUUUUUUUUUCUGUCUGGUCUUGAAACACUCAGUAGGAAAAGAAAAAGGUCCUAAUGUAGUGUACUAGUUGUAUAAUAUUCAAAAACUGUACAGUAUUUCUCAAAGUACUCAUCCAUUAUUGGAUUUUUAAUUACUUGACUAUUCUGUUUCUGAGUCAAACCCACGAAAUAACUGCGCCGACGUUUCAUGCUUGGUACAAACUCUCUUCACACACACAGCUGGGAUUCCUCUUCCAAUUUAUAGCGUAUCGUAGUAUUAAAGAUAACCUCAUAGACUGGAUAGUCAUCUCAUACUUGUUUGCUUCAGAAAUAGGUAAGUUUUUUAUGAACCCUAGCUAGCUAGCUGAUGAAACGGAUGCUGUAUGGUUGUGAUAGCUGUUUUGUUUCUAGUGCAUGUUUACUCUUUCAUUCUUAUCCCAGGUUGAAGAGAAAUAACACUUACGUAACAGCGUACUUGGCUUACAAGAGGUUCUCAAACACAAUAUUAGGUACAAAAGCCUAGAUAGAGAUUAUUAAUGAAAUAAUCAUGGCAAUGUGGUCAGCUGUCUUCAUCUAACGUAAUGUUUUUAAAGUCUGAUUUACGGUGUUCCGCUCAGCAUUUCUCAGAGGGAACAAGUAGGGGCCUGUAAUCUACUGAUUAAACAGUGCCUGAGACUUUUUUUGCUCUUGUAGAAUCAGUCAGGAAUAAAUCUAUAUUAUAGUCGUUAUUUGGCAGAUAACGUCAAGCUCUGCCCAGCCAUUCAAAAUCCAUGGAAAAAAAAUUGCAGGUAUUUUGUACUGAUACUUCUGCAUGACCAUAAGUGCUGGUUGCUACGUCUGUAAUGUCAACUGUAAUGAGAAGUUAGAUUUCUUUUGUGUUGUUUGUAUCAUUCGUUUGGUGGUACUCAGCUGGCGAUUAACGAUCCUGAAGUCAGCACUGACUGAAGCUCCUUAGGUACUUCUCUGCCUCAGGUACUUUACAUCCAUGGUAACUGUCCCAUGAUACCUGAUAUAACAGGAGUGCUGAGCGCAUGCCUCUCUACUUUGGCAGCUUUUCUUCUUCCUCUACACAAGCAUAGAACAACUGAAGAGGAUUAAAAUGUCUACCUUUGAGCAAUUUGUAGCACAUAAGGGAUGAAGCACUUCCCUUGCCAGCUUUUGAAAAAAAAUAAUCUUUCUCUCAGAACCAUAGGAGAGAAAAAAAAUGGGAGGUUACUACACUCUCCGCAGCUGGAGAGGAGAAAGAUUUUUGUGACAACACCUCAUAAUGCUGUAUCAUAUGUGUCACCUAAUUCUUUCAAUGUAGCAGUUUCUGGAUUUUGUGUUAUGCGUUGUAUUACUUGAUGGCUGGCUCUCCACCUGCUACAGUUGAGUUCCACUUGGCUGGGUUGGUUUCAAAUGUAUGCUUUUGGUUGGUUUGUUUUUGGUUUUUUUUGGAAACCUGUCUGUCUAAAGUUGCCUACGUAACACGUGACCUGAAAGAGCAGCUUCAGUAUUAAACCACUGUUCUGUCACCUCAGUUAGACAUUACUGUCUUCCAUGAUAUUUCAGUCAUAAGUGUAAUGUGUUAUUUAUAAAACAUUAAUCCAUUAAGCCUAAACCUAUUUUUCAAUAUUUAUGAUAUUAUAUGUACAUAAAAUUGUAUGUGUGUAUAUACUGUAAGUAUAAUGUAUAUAGUGUAGGUUUGGGAUUUGGGACUUAUGUAUAUAUAUUCCUCUCUCAUUACUGAAAAUUACAUCAUUUCAAUGAGUUGUUCCUGUUGUACAUCUGUAUAACAACUGUCAAAGAAAAGGUCCUUUUACAGCAAAAUGCAGUGCGUACCAAAAUGGAUGUGUAACACCAAAGGGUGUAAGAAAACGCUAAGAUUGUAUUUAUUACAAAUGUAUAUGUUGCAAUAAACACAAAUGUCACUUGGGUCCAUAAAAAGCAUAGUUCAGGUUGGUGUAUGUUUUGCUUCUGAAAUUUACCACGGAUGUUACGAUUUCCUGAAUGCAGCAGCUUAACAUGUCUUAGGAUCUAACAGAUGUGUUAGGCCGUCAGCUUCAGGCAUCCUGCAGUACAUCCCUGUACAUAUGUAAGUAGCCACUGUAUUGUUAGAGGCCAGCAGAUGAGCUUCAGCUGUUGGCAGAGUGCAACACAGUUUCAAUGAAACAUUGUAUGUUUGUUUUAACUGAACUUAAAUAAACAGAUAAUGCGAA